AUGGUCCGGAAUAUCCUGUUUGGCCUGGUCAUUCUGGCCCAGGCCAUGACCGGGGCCAGUCUGAAGUGCCGUGGCGAUCCGUCAAAAUGCCCGGGGUACAAAGCCGAGAACAUCGCCAAGACUGACAGUGGUAUUACUGCCGACCUGAACCUCGCCGGCGCUGCUUGCAAUGCGUACAGCAGAGAUUUGAAGAACUUGAAAUUGCUCAUUGAGUACGAGACUAAGGACCGUCUCCACGUCAAGAUUUCCGAUGCGGGCAACAAUGUCUACCAAGUUCAUGAGUCAAUCUUUACACGACCCAAGAGCAACAAGGUUUCUGCCGCAGACUCGAACCUGAAGAUCGACAUGGUUGAGAACCCCUUCUCCUUUGUGGUCUCACGCAAGUCCUCGGGCGAGGUCCUUUUCAACACGACAGGGUCUCAGCUCAUCAUGGAGACGCAAUACGUAAGGCUUCGGACUUCGCUCCCUCAAGACCCCAACCUCUACGGCCUCGGGGAGCACAGCGACUCCUUUCGCCUGCCGACCAAGGGGUACAAGCGGACCAUGUGGAAUGCCGAGUCUCCCUUUAUCCCACGCAAAUCCAACCUCUAUGGCACUCACCCCGUCUAUUUCGAGCACCGAGGCAAAGGAGGCACCCACGGUGUCUUCCUGCUCAAUGCCAACGGCAUGGACGUCAAGAUCGACCAGGACGCCGCCGGCCAGUUCCUCGAGUACAACACGAUCGGCGGCAUCGUGGACAUGUACUUCCUCGCGGGGCCCACGCCCAACGACGUGAGCAAGCAGUAUGCCGAGGUGGCCGGCCUGCCCGUGAUGCAGCAGUACUGGACGUUCGGCUACCACCAGUGCAAGUUCGGCUGGAAGAACAUCGAGACGUACAACGCCGUGGUCCAGAACUACUCGGACGCGGGCAUCCCGCUCGAGACGCUGUGGGGCGACAUCGACUACAUGGACGGCCGCGCCGACUUCACCCUCGACCCGGUCAACUUCCCGCUGCCCAAGUACCGCGAGCUCGUCGACAGGCUGCACAGCCACGACCAGCACAUGGUGAUGAUGGUCGACCCCGCCAUUCCGCAGCGCACCACCUACGAGCCCUAUGUCCGUGGCAAGAAGGUCGACGCCUUCCUCAAGGCCGACGAUGGGUCUGAUUACUACGGCGCGCAGUGGGCGGGGACCUCGGUCUGGCCAGAUUGGUUCGCGCCCAACACCAACGAGUGGUGGCAGUCGGAGAUCAUGCGGUUCUUCGAUGCCGACAAGGGCGUCAAUGUUGACGGCCUGUGGAACGACAUGAACGAGGUCUCCAACUUCUGCCACGAGGACAGGUGUCCGGUCAACCAGGUCAGGAACCCCAAGAACAAGCCCAAGGAGGGUGCUGCUUUGGGCCUGCAGGAGUAUCGCAAUCUUGUAUAUCCCGCCUACAAGAUCGGCAACCACCGCGGCAACCUCAGCCACCAGGCUCUGUCGACCAACGUCACCAACUUUGACGGCUCAGUCCAAUACGACACGCACAGCCUGUACGGCAACGGCAUGGUCGCCUCCACGCGCGGCGCCCUCCUCAGGCGCCGGCCCGGCGUGCGCCCGUUCGUGCUGACGCGCGCCUCGUACGCGGGCAUGGGCACGCACGGCGCGCACUGGUUCGGCGACAACAACUCGACGUGGUCGGACUACCGGAUCCAGAUCGCGCAGAUGAUCGCCUUCACGUCGGUCCACCAGGUGUCGAUGGUGGGCUCCGACGUGUGCGGGUUCAACGGCGUGGCCGACGAGAAGAUGUGCUCGCGGUGGGCCAUGCUCGGCGCCCUGUCGCCCUUCUACCGCAACCACGCGGACCAGAGCGCGCCGCCGCAGGAGUUCUACCGGUGGCCGCUCGUGGCGCAGACGGCCAAGAAGGCCAUCGACAUGCGCUACCGCCUCAUCGACUACUUCUACACGCACAUGCAGCGGCAGACCGAGACGGGCGAGCCGGCGGUCAAGCCGCUCUUCUACCUGUACCCGGAGGACGCCAACACCUUCCCCAUCGACCUGCAGUACUUCUUCGGCGACUCCCUGCUCGUCAGCCCCGUCACGGGCGACUACAGCCAGGACGUGACCUUCUACCUGCCCGACGACGUCUUCUACGACUUCUGGACGGGCGAGAAGGUCGAGGGCGCAGGCAAGACGGUCACGCGCACGGGCGUCGCGUGGGACGACAUCCCGCUGCACGUGCGCGGCGGCAGCAUCGUCGCCACGCGCGCGCAGUCGGCCAACACGACGGCGGCGCUGCGGACCAAGAACUUCAGCCUGCUGGUGGCCCCCGGCCGGGACGGCAAGGCGUCCGGGUCGCUGUACCUGGACGACGGCAAGAGCAUCGACGUCGGGGACGCGUUCUCGCGCAUCGACUUCACAUGGGACGGCAGCGUGCUGCGGUCGAGCGGCAAGUUCGGGUACAAGACGGACGUGCGCAUCGAGAGCGUCGUCUUCAUGGGCGGGGCCAAGCAGGGCACCAAGGCGUCGGUCAUGGCCGGCGAGGGCGCGGCGGCGGCGCAGGGGUCGUGGCCGCUGACCGAGGCCGUUGAGAUCAAGAUCUAG